UGCAACACAAAAGAGCAAGGGAAUAUGGGAGGCAGAAGAAAUUAAUCUUACCUUGAAAAUCUGCCUGCUUUACACACAGAAGUGAGCUGUCUGACUGCCGCACCUCUCCUUCAGUGCAGGGCAGUGACUCAAGCAGGAAGACGUGUUCACAUUGCCUGCCAGGCCAAGCUGAGAGAAAAGCAUUUGCUCAACCGUCCCAGGAAAGCUUUGAGAAACUCAUUUCUUAUCCAGUUAUCAAGAGCCUGAAACAAACUUCUCCCUGUGCUGCUCAGCCCGCAGAGCACGGACUUGUUUUCCCGAUGCCUAGCCCCACCUGGCUGGGGGCUGUGCUCAUCCUUGGGGUACAGCUCCGAGCACUGUGGCCUGUUGCAGCCAUAGAAGUUUAUACUUCUAAGGAGGUGGAUGCUGUGAAUGGAACUAACCUACGGCUGAAAUGCACCUUCUCCAGCAGCAGCCCUAUUAGCCCACUGCUGUCAGUGACCUGGAACUUCCAGCCUGAGGACCUAAGCUCUCAUGAGCCAGUAUUUUAUUAUCUCAAGGAGCCCUACAUGCCGUCUGCUGGACGGUUCAAAGGGCGAGUCACUUGGGAUGGGAAUAUUGAGCGUUAUGAUGUCUCCAUCAUUAUCUGGAAUUUACAGCCCACUGACAAUGGAACAUUCACCUGCCAAGUGAAGAACCCACGAGACAUCGAUGGCACCAUUGGAGAAGUGCGACUCAGAGUUGUGCAGAAAGUGAAUUUCUCAGAAAUCCACUUCCUUGCCAUAGCCAUUGGGUCUGCCUGUGGUUUGAUGAUCAUUGUGGUGACAGUUGUGAUUAUCUGUCGACAUCAUCGGAAGAAACAGCAAGAGAGGACGAUCGAGGUGGCAGACACUGAACUUAGAGAAAAGGAGAAGCUGAAGAAUAUAGAAGAGAAGGAAAUCACUCCAUUAGAAGAUUAGAGGUCUCUGAUAGUAUAUACAAUGCAGGUACUUCUAAAGCAGAUGGUGAAAGCUUGUAAUUUUGGAUCUUAGAACAAAGCUGAAUUACAGACGCCUGAUGCUGGAAGUGUGGUAUCCCUGCUCAACCUGAAAUUCUUGCAAGAAAAGAGAGUGACCUUAACAUAAGUUGUAAAGUGUUAUUUCCUUCACCGAAGAACAACAGGAGGUCUUUGCCCCGUGAACGAGGAACUGCCCUUAAUCUCCACAGCUGCCAAAUGUGAACAAAUUGGUUGUGAGGAUGAAAUGUCAGCCGAUUUGAACAAAGCACCAAGAUGAGUGACUGGAUAGAUAUUUGCUGUGUCUGAGCAGGCACACGCUCAUGCACCUUAAAAAUCCAAGGGUACAUUUGGGCUGCCAGAUUAUUGUGCCCCGUCUGGGGUCACCAAAAGGAAGACCAUAAGAGGGAUCAGAGGAGCUGCUACGAAGUAAUUUAAAUCUCUUUGCUACUUUAAAUGGAAAGUUACAGAGAAGGAAUGUCUGCUGUUUCUUGUUAGGGAUAACUGGACCAAUGGGUGUGUUUUUCACUCCAGUAGGCUUUGUCCAUGGGAUAGCUGACAAAACAUCCUCCCACUGGCACAGCACUGUUUCUCUGGAUGCUGCUCAAAGCCCCACGUACCACCAGCACAUCUUACUCCUGUAAAUCCAUCUGUUUAACACAUACCCUGUAUUUCCAUCCAACCUCAAGCAAACUAGGUCACUAAAACCACUGAGCUAUUCUGGUGUUUAACCAACACUAAAUCAAAAUAUCAGCCAGUUUAUUUAAAAGGUAACUUUAUGGCUUUAUAACUCUGCGUGUAACAUGCUGACCACGUUAUCUGUUUGUACAGUUUUGUUUUCUAUUUUGUCCAUCGUAAAUAAACGCGGUUUGUGGGUAGAAGUGACAACAUUAUGAAAGCGGUGUGACACCGGAGAAAUUCACAUCGCACGCUGGGCUCCCUCCCGA